GAAGUCCUGGGCGGGGUGGAAGCCCUGGAGGCCCCAGGCCCCAGACACAGCAGGUGGCUGUCAGCAGGAAGGAGCUGGGAGCACAGGAACCAGCUGGCCAGCGCUGGGGCAUCAGGUCCCACCUGCCUGGGGAAUGCAGGCCCCGGUCCUGCCCGGUGGCCCCUGAGCCACAUGGCCUCCCUGGGCUACAGGACACCUGCGCGCAGCCCACCACCAGGCAGGAGGAGAGCCAUGUGCUGGGCGAGUGCCUUCAGCUUCAUGGCGGCUGAGGAGAUGCACUGGCCUGUCCCCAUGAAGGCCAUUGGUGCCCAGAACUUGCUAACCAUGCCUGGGGGUGUGGCCAAAGCCGGCUACCUACACAAGAAGGGUGGCACCCAGCUGCAGCUGCUCAAAUGGCCCCUGCGCUUUGUCAUCGUCCACAAGCGGUGCGUCUACUACUUCAAGAGCAGCUCUUCCGCCUCCCCGCAAGGCGCCUUCUCGCUGAGCGGCUACAACCGAGUGAUGCGGGCGGCCGAGGAGACCACAUCCAGCAAUGUCUUCCCUUUCAAGAUCGUCCACAUCAGCAAGAAGCACCGGACGUGGCUCUUCUCGGCCUCCUCUGAGGAUGAGCGCAAGAGCUGGAUGGCCUUGCUGCGCAGGGAAAUUGGCCUCUUCCAUGACAAGAAGGAGCUGCCCCUGGAUGGAAGUGACUACAGCUCUGAUGCAGACAGCUUCUACGGUGCAGUCGAACGGCCUGUGGACAUCAGCCUCUCUUCGUACCCAACAGACAGUGAAGACUAUGAACAUGACGAUGAAGAUGACUCGUACCUGGAGCCUGACUCCCCUGAGCCCUUGAAGCCUGAAGAUGCCCUGACCUACCCACCGGCCUACCCGCCUCCUCCUGUGCCCACGUCCAGGAAGCCAGCCUUCACCGACAUGCCCCGUGCCCACUCCUUUGCCUCCAAGGGCCCCAGCCCUCUCCUGCCACCCCCACCCCCUAAACGUGGCCUCCCUGAUGCUGGCCUGGCCCCAGAGGACUCCAGGAGGGAUCUGCUGGGCCUGAGGCUGGCUGAGCCCAGCCCCAGGGUGCCUGCUGCUUCCCGCAGGAUGAGCGACCCCCCAGCUGGCAGUCUGCCCACCACGCCCAGCCUCCGAAAACCCCCUUACUUCCGUGAGAGCCCCAGCCCCAGCUCAGAGCCGCUAAUCUCUGGCCACGGGACCAGCUCUGCCGGCACGGCCACUGCCGCCUCCAGGAACUGUGACAAGCUCAAGUCCAUCCACCUGUCCCCCCGGGGGCGCACUCCUGAGCCCCCUCCUGUGCCAGCCAUCAAGCCCAAGUUCCUGAAUACAGCUGAAGAGGUUUUCCUGAGGGAGGCUGCAAGACCUGGACCCUUUGUGCCCCCGGUGGCUCCCAGGCCUCCUGCACUGAAGCUGUCUGGGCCCGAGGCCACAGCCCGGCCUGCAGUCCUGCCCAAGCCAGAGAAGCUGCUCCUCCCCCACCUCCAGCGGUCACCCCCCGACGGGCAGAGUUUCAGGAGCUUUUCCUUUGAGAAACCCCAGCAACCCUCACAGGCUGAUACUGGUGGCGAGGACUCGGAUGAGGACUACGAGAAGGUGCCUCUGCCCAGCUCCGUCUUCGUCAACACCACGGAAUCCUGCGAAGUGGAAAGGCUGUUCAAAGCCACAAGCCCCCAGGGAGAGUCCCAGGAUGGACUCUACUGCAUCCGCAACUCCUCCACCAAAACCGGGAAGGUUCUAGUCGUGUGGGAUGAAAGCUCCAACAAAGUGAGGAAUUACCGCAUCUUUGAGAAGGACUCUAAAUUCUACCUGGAGGGCGAGGUCCUGUUUGUGAGUGUGGGCAGCCUGGUGGAGCACUACCACACCCACGUGCUGCCCAGCCACCAGAGCCUGCUCCUGCAGCGCCCCUACGGCUACGCUGGACCCAGGUGACACCUGAAUCACGUACUGCCGGGUAGAGGCGAUCGUGGGGGCUGUGAUCCCAGGCCAUGCAGAUGAGACUGGCCUGCAUGGGAGAAUGAUCAGGAGAGAGUGCCAUGCUCUGGCUUGGGGUAUCCCCAUCUCAGGCCAGUCCCCCCCCAGCAGGCUGGGUCUCCGGAGCCAGGCCAAGUCCCAAGCUUCAGAAGAUUGGGCUCUCCUAUCCAGCCCACCUCCCAGGAACCCAGGGUCCCAGGACUGAGCCCUGCCUGAGCUUCACAGACAGUGGUUCUGGUUCCACCAUUACACCCACCUCCCACUGAGCUGGGAGCUGGGCAAGGCUGGGGCUUUUGGGGGUGGGUGGGGCAGGAGCCGGUCCCGGGGCCCCUCCCCAGCAGGAACGCUAAGGUGCUAGCUGUCACUGUUGCACACAAUAAAGCACAGAUGAGCUUUGCCUUUGUGGCUGUGGCUUUGCUGGGAAGAAGGGGUGACUGGCUUUGCUGAGUUCCUGCACCUACAUCCGAGUAGUGAUGGCAGCAGCUCACAGGAGCCCUGGGAUGCGGCCACCCUGUCUCCCAGGGCUUGGGGCCAUAAGUGGCUGGCCCUGGGUGCAAGCUAGUAACAGAAAAGGACCCAAACUUAGGCAGUGUGGGCUCAAAACCUGUUCUCCAAAGCACUAUGGCCACUGCCCUGGGGCCGGUGCAGGCCAGUGGGUCCACAGAGCUCAACCAACCAUAUCCACAGCUGGUCACCCGCUGGAUCAAUGAAUGGCUACUGGGAGACAGCUGGGCUGGAGGGGUUCGCAGUGCAUGCUGCCUUGGGCAGGGGCUGGGCCCUGAGUGAGAGGGGAUGGGGGUACCCAGGUGCUCAAGUCCUCUGGGUGAUGCCAGCUCCAGCCCAGCCUUGAUGGCCCCCUCAUUUCCUGCCAUAGGACGCCAGCACAUUGCUGUCCCUGGCAUGGCCAUCCACACUGGAUUUUCUUUGUGGGGGUCAGGGCUGGCAAGGGACCCCAGAGUCAUCUGAUCUUGACUGCGCCCUAUAUUGGGAGAGGAUUUGCUGUGUAAACCCAGACUGAGGACCGCACUUGUGCCCACCAGCCAGUGAUUACUGCACCUGGAGAAGGCCCUUGGACACACCUGGAGCAUGUCCUGGGGUGGGGUGGUUUCUGGAGGGAAGAGAGAGGUGAGGUGGUUCAGGAUGGGGGAGGCUGUGGCCCCAGGGCACUGUGGGGUACAGUGGGGUGUAGUGGGGACAGUGGCCAGCUACUUCCAGGAAGCAAGUGUCCAGCACGGUCUCUGCAGAUGUUUCCUCUGCAGCCGGCCUGGGGCGAGGGGUCAGUGUGGGCACAGUCGAGUUUGGACAAGUUCUGGGUGAGCUUCUGGUGUUCUGCACCACCUCUGGAAAACCAGUAAUUCCUGCUCCCUGCAGUCAUGAUUCUUUGCUCUCUCUGGCCUGACCUCACCUGGGAAUCCAGUGAGACACACUAUUCACCACUGUGGUGGCAGCUUCCCUUAGUGUAAAAUUCUAAAUGGGGGCUUGGGUUCAAGGAGCAGUUUCUAGCGAGUGCCUGGAGAUCUGCUGACUGGUGAUGCACCACCAGACGCUGUCCUUUUUAGACACUUUGGAGCCAGCUCAGUGGUUGAACCACAUCUGAAGACCCCUGAGCUGGAAGGUCUGGGGGCUUUUGGGUCCAGAGCCAGGUGAUAGGUCCUUCCGGCCACCUGGACAGAUGAGGCCUGUGGCUGCCUGAGACCCACCACAGGGCCUGGGCCAGCCUCACCUCUCCUCCCUGGGCCUGGGCCAGCCUGGGCCAGCUGCCCACGUCUUUGUGAACUGCCCCUGGAUCUGGGGCCUCAGCUGUAGGAGUCUGUGUGUUGGGGGUGGUAUAUGGUCCUCCAGCAUGAAUGGGGGCCAGAGGAGGCCCACUCUCUUCCGAGAACUACCGCGAAUGUCCUAUUCCUCAUACAGGGUUACAGAAUGGUCACCACUUACAAAGUACUUCUGUGGGGUUUGAGGUGCUGAGCCGGAUAGUUCACAUAGUUUGGAGAAGCAGCUGCUCUUAGUCCCAUUUUACAGGUGAGGAAACUGAGGCUCAUAGAGGCCUGGAUUCAGGUUCUGCCUCUGUCACGUACUACCACGUGAUCUGGCCCCUGCCUACCUUCCCUCUGCCCACAGGGUGUCCAGUUAUCUGGCCUUCCUGAGGCCUGGUGUGCCCUCACCGAGCCAAGGGGGCUGCAGCUCUGCAGGGAACAAAACUGACCCUCAGUUCUGCUUGGCCCUCCAGGCCGCAGUCCGCGGGAUGAGCCAGCAGGAGCCCAGGCUGUGCCCUGGGGCGAUCUUACAGACAGGAGUUUAGGCUCAGAGAGGAUCUGCUGACUUGCCCGGCAUCUGGUGAGUUCAGAGAUGGGGUCAGUUCCUGGACUUGGGAAAAGGGCCCCAGGCAGUUUGGGAAGCUUUUCCAAGCCGAGGACUGAACAUGAUUUUACUUUUCCUACAAUUGAUCAGAAAGACUGUGUUAGUAGAGAUUUUUCACUGUAAAAGGAGAUGUUUUUAGAACCAAAAGAGACCUCACAAACACAUCUGGAAUUGCUCUCAGUCCCAGUCGCCACCCCAACUCCGGGUCACGUUGUGUGGACACCCCCUGCUGGUCCAAGGGGGAGCUUCCUGCAUGCUAUGCUUGGUGGUGGCUUUGACGGCACCAGGGAAGAAAAGAAGGCUGCGGGCCUGUGGCCUUGGGGCUUCUUGCCCAGUGCCCACUGUGACUGCCUUGGAAGGCAGCCUAGGGGAUACCAAGGCCACACAGGGAAUAUGGGGUGGAGCUGGUACUUGAACCAGAUCCAUGUGUCUCUACAGAAGUGGCAUGGCAAGGGUAGCCUCUGACCCUGUGACCUACAGCACGGAGUCCCUCACUGGUCAGCUCCAACACACGCCUGGCUCCCUGUCUCUGUGCCUGCACAUCCUGUCCCUCCUCCACCCAAAAAGCCUGCCUGAUGGGGGGCCUCCAGGAGGGCCUCUUGUCCUGGGGCACAGUAACCCUUGAAAAUAGUUGAUAGCAGCCAUCAUCAAGCUACCUUCUGGCACUCUUUGACCAGAGGGAGGGUUCUACCACCCAGCAGACCCUGCUUAGCUCUUCAGCAACCUUAAUGGCUGCCUGACAGCUGCCCCUGCAUUGCUGUCUGGCUUCAUCUCUGGCUAUGCCCUGGGCUACUCAGAGCUGCUCCUUUUCCUUUCCUUUCCCAUGGAAUGACACACACGUUGGUAGCCUAACUCAGUGCUGAGAAGUGACCCUUCAGGAAGUAGCUUCCAUUGCGGCCCCGGCCCCUCCCUCUCAACGGCAACCUCUGCCCUGACUUUGGUGAGGUUCACGUUUUGCUAUAAAGCCUUUACGGCCCAGUCAUGCAUCCAUCGCAGCAGUUUCCUGUUUUUGUAUUUUGUAUGAAUGGAAUCAAACAGAUGCAAGCUUUAGCCCUGGCUUUUGCUCAUCAUUAUCUUUGAAGUUUGUCCACAUGCUAUAUCUAUAGUCAAGUUCAUUGCUGACAACUGUUCCAUUGUAUGGUUGUAUCAUAGUUCACAGAUCUGUGUUAUUGUAGAUGGACAUUUGGUUUAUUUCCAGUUCGGGGCAAUCACAGACAAUGCUGCUAGCAACAGUCUUAUCUGUGUUUCUGAUGCAUGUGCCCACAAAUUUCUCUAGGAUAUGUACCCAGAGUCUGACUCCUGAAGUCUAGGGCAUCAGACCUUUCACUGUUUUCCAAGAAUUUUAUUGUUCCAGUUGAUGCUCCCACCAGCACUAAAGGAGAGUUCCCUUGGUUUCACAUCCUUGUUAAUAAUGCUUGGUGUUGUCAGGUUGUCAGACUUUUUUUCAUUUUUACCAACUUGGUAGGUGUAUAAUUAUGGCUUUAUGUACAUUUAGCUAAUUAUUAAUGAGGUUGAUCACAUUUUCUUAUGUUUCUUAACCAUUUUGUCUCCUGUAAAGUGUUCAAAUCUUUUACCCACUUUUCUUUGUUGUCUUUUUCUUAUGCUCUAUAAGAAUUCUUUAUAUUGUCUGAUAUUGUCAGUAAUGUGAGCUGCAAAUCUUUUCCGACUCUGUAGUUGUUUUUUUGCAUAUGACAGGAGGUAAGGAUUCGUUUUCAUUUUUUUCCCUAUAUGUUGGUUACCCACCUAUCCCUGCAUCAUUUAUUUAUAAUCUGUCCUUUCUCCACUCACCCGCAAUGCCUGCCACCUGUGAUACAUGUAUGUAGGUCUGUAGCCUGGGCUCUUUCUUCUGUUCCAUUUGUCGGCCUAUUCCUAUGCUGAUAUCAAACUGUCUUAAUUACUGUCACUUAAAUAUGUCUUGGUAUCUGGUUAAAUAAAUCUUCACCUAUUUUUCUUC